AUGAAAUUUGUCAGUUUUGAUGUUAGAUCUGAACAGUUGAAUAUGAUCCAAGUACCUCAAGAGUUAUCCGGAUUAAUAUUUGAUAACCUUAUGGCCCUUAUAGAGUAUGGAGGAAAACCAGCUAUUUUUGAUCAUACCUAUCUUGUACUUAUGGGUAACGUGGACUUAUGGGUCUUGGAAGAUGGUGGAGAAUGGUCGAAGAAGUCUCUCGUUUUGCAGCCUAGUCAGAUGAAUUUACUCAAUGAAAGCAUUGCAUUGGUGGUACUAGGUACAACUCAAAACGGCGAGGUGAUCUUGGCACCUAGGAAGUUGUUUUCCAAUUAUUACAUUCUUUAUUAUGAUCUUCAAAAGAAUGAUAUGAGAAAGGUCAAUGUUGGAGUAACAUCGGACCACUGGUUUGGUAAGCCGUACGCUGAGUUAAUUCUUAUUGAUAAGAAUGAAAGCAUCUUGCACUUGGAAACUUGA